AUGUCAGAUGCCAUCGUCCGCCAACCUAUGACUGUAUGUCAAAAGAUCCUGGUUCACCAUGCCCUGGGUCUUGACGUACCAUUUGUGGAGCCAGGAACAGUCAUUCGCAUUGCCCCAGAUUGGUUCCUGUCAUCCGAGGUUGCUUGGUUCGGAAUGAACAAAAGCUACGAGCGGAUGGGCCGUCCUGGAAUUCGUCGUCGGGACAGGUUUUGGCUUGCAGGAGAUCAUGUCGUGGAUCCGAGAGUCAAUCAUCAAGCAUAUGAGAGGUCUCUCAUUGAGGCUUGUGAUCAGAUUGCCAAGGAAAUGGACCUCGGUGACAAUUAUGCGGGCCAUAACACCACUAUUAUGCACACAGAAUACUACCGCUCUCGAUGCCAGCCUGGGAUGCUCGUCAUCGGCGCCGACUCACAUACCUCAUCUGCAGGCGCUCUAGGCAGCCUGGCAAUCGGCGUCGGCGUUACUGACAUGAUCCUGCAGCUUGUCACUGGUGAGACCUAUUUCGAGGUACCAGAGAUUGUCCGCAUCAAUCUUGUCAACAAGCCGCCCCUAGGUGUCAGCGGCAAAGAUGUCAUCCUUGGUGUGAUGCGCAAACUCAGGAGGAAUACCGUCGCUGCAGGUCGGCUAGUCGAGUACACAGGGGAUGGACUGCAAUAUUUGUCAUGCGAUGCCAGGUUUGCGAUUGCGAACAUGACAACGGAAUUUGGUGGCAUCGGAGCUUGCGUGGUUCCAGAUGGGAUCACUCUCGAAUACAUCCAGCGUCGGCGAGAUUCACGACACAAGUCCGAUAGCAUGUACUUUCAGCCGGAUCCCUCCGCGCAGUACGCGGAGUCGUUCGACGUCGACCUGGCGGAUCUGGAGCAUUUCAUCGCGCUGUAUCCAUCUCCAGACAAUGUCGUCCCAGUCAGCGAAGCUGAGGAAAAGCUCCAGAAUUUGCAGGGAGUCUUCAUUGGGGCCUGCACCACCACAGAGGAAGAGUUGAUCCUUGCAGCACUGGUACUGAAGGAAGCAAUGGCUCAAGGUAUGAAACCUGCUGCGCCUGGACUGCGACGUCUUACGCCAGGGUCGAACUCCAUCGUCAGCAGACUCAAAGAAUUGGCGCUGUUGGACGUCUAUGAGCAGGCUGGAUUUGUGAUUGGUCCUGUUGGUUGCAGCUACUGCGUAGGCAUGGGAGUCGACAAAGCCGGCCAAGGCGAAGUUUGGUUGUCGUCGCAGAACAGAAACUAUCGCGAUCGGAUGGGUCCGGGCUCAAUCGCGAAUAUCGGUUCGGCGGCAACUGUUGCAAUCUCCAGUUUCUCGAUGUCGUUACAGAGCCCGGAAGAUAUUCUUCGGGUGAUUGACAUGGCCGAAUUUGAUGCCAUGAGGAAGUACAAACCCCGACAGCCGAGGCCGUCUCCUAAAUAUGCCCAACCUGAGCUACCCGCUCCUGUCUUGACCGAUAGCUUCGAUGAACAUAGGGCAGGCGAUCACAGAAAGCCGCCAUCGCUUCCCGAGUCGAUCCAAGGCCGUAUCCAGCGAUUCGGAGACAAUGUUGAUACCGACAGUAUCAUCCCAACCGAUAAAUGUCAUUCUCAUCUGACUCGGGAGGAGGUUGCCCGAGGUGCAUUUUGCUACACCCGGCCUGAGUUCUACGACCGUGCCCAGGCAGGUGCCACGAUCAUUGUUGCCGAGAAGAGCUUUGGUUGUGGAUCUUCUCGAGAGCAAGCUCCAAGAGCAUUACUGGAGGCUGGGAUCCAAGCUGUCGUUGCCAAGUCCUAUGCUUUCAUCUAUCAGCGAAACCAGGUCAACAAUGGGUUGAUGGGGAUCAGGAUUCAGGACGACGAGUUCUACCGACUCGCUCAAGAAGGUAAAGAAAUUGUGAUUGAUGUCAAGAAUCGCAAAAUCUAUUGUGAAGGAAUGACGUGGGACUUUCGACUGGAUCGAAUUCAAGAACAGCUGCUCGCGGAGGGUGGGCUCCUCAGCACGUAUGAGAGAUAUGGACCAAGCUUGUUCUCGAAAUUGCAGAGUCUCAACCAGGCAGCCGGACAAAGGAAAGCGAACGUAGCGCAAGAGGCAGUUGCUGACAUAUCCGGGCACGCAGCGUCUGUGGAGUGGUGA